CGCCCGGCGCGCCUCACCCCGUCGCCGUAGCGACCCGCAAAGCAGCGGGGCCGGGCGGCACUUUGCGGCUCUUUACGGCGGCGCUUUGCGGCAGCCGUUGGUGGUGGCGAGGGCGGCGGGCGCGGGGCCGCCAUGGAGGGCGGCGGGAACUCCAAGGGCACCGGGCUCGGUGGCCUCUUCGGCGCCGGCGGGCUCGGGUACUCGCACGCCGACCUGGCCGGGGUGCCACUAACUGGGAUGAGCCCUUUGUCACCGUAUUUAAACUUGGACCCCAAGUACCUAGUACAGGAUACAGAUGAAUUUAUCUUGCCCACAGGAGCCAACAAAACUCGAGGCAGAUUUGAGUUGGCCUUUUUUACCAUUGGAGGUUGUUGUAUGACAGGGGCAGCAUUUGGUGCACUGAAUGGUUUGAGACUUGGCUUGAAGGAGACACAGAAUAUGGCAUGGUCAAAACCUAGAAAUGUACAAAUUCUAAAUAUGGUGACAAGACAAGGAGCAUUAUGGGCUAACACUCUGGGAUCACUGGCUCUACUUUACAGUGCAUUUGGAGUCAUCAUUGAAAAAACACGAGGUGCAGAAGAUGACCUGAACACCAUAGCUGCUGGAACCUUGACAGGAAUGCUAUACAAAAGCACUGGUGGAGUGCGUGGGAUAGCACGAGGUGGGAUCGCAGGUCUGACCCUGACUGGCCUCUACGCCCUGUACAACAACUGGGAGCACAUGAAGGGCUCCCUAGCCCGGCAGUCCCUGUGAGCAGGGCAGAGGACACGCUUGCUUAGUCACCUGUCAAAUCAGUUGUGAGAUCUAUCUGGUGCCCCUUGCUAUUUUAUUUACAAUUAGUGUGAAACUGAUGGAAGCUAUGCUGUGAGGAACCUCUUGACACCGUGUAGCUGGACUGGCCCUUCCCACCAGCCAGUUGCUGGAGAGGCAACAAUAUUUGUUGGACCUGCAAGUGAACAGAGCGGCCACCAAGAGUCUCCCUGCCAUGCUCCCCAGGCAGCCCUGGCCAGAGCUGCUGGGCAUGCUGGGCCCCCAUAGCUGCUCCUGCUCGCUGCCAGGUUUGUUGGGUGCCUGUAAGGUCUGUGUCCAUGGAGCAUUCCCUGCAGUCCCAGCAGCCAUGGCACAGGCAGGGUUUGCUAUUCUGACAGCACAAGGCAAGCUAGCAAAAGGGACAUCAUCAGAAUAAAAAGGGUGGUACUUACUCAA